AUGCGCAAUAUCAUUUCAAUUCUCAUCUUCUCGAUAUCUGCUACAGCGUUCAUCCACCCAGGGGCCCUCCACACCGCGCAAGAUUUCUCGCGUAUCAAUACCUACCUCGCAAGCGAGGCCGAGCCCUAUAACACAACAUGGACUCUGCUCACAGCCAGUCCCUAUGCCCAAUCAUCCUAUCAGCCCAGCCCAAAGGAAACGGUAUACCGAGGCUCCAACGGCGUCGACAGUGAAAACUACCCGUCCUUGUACCGGGACGCUGCAGCAGCCUACCAGCUCGCCAUCCGAUGGAGAAUCACAAACGACACAAGCUACGCAGAUGCCUCGAUCAACAUCCUCAGCUCAUGGGCUUCCGCUCUAACAGCCAUCGAAGGCACCAGCGACAAGUUCCUGGCCUCUGGUCUGUACGGAUACCAAAUGGCCAAUGCGGCGGAGCUUAUGUCUGAUUACUCUGGCUGGGAUGCUGGCAACAAAACAGCCACAGGAACAAUGUUGACUAAUGUCUUUGCAUCGAUGAACACGCGCUUCAUGCAGGAACACAACGGCCAAGACUACUAUCAUUACUAUGCCAAUUGGGACCUGUGCAAUCUCGCCUCGCUCCUUGCUAUUGGUAUUUUCACAGAUAACCAGACCAUGUACGACUACGCCCUCGACUAUGUUCGCGCAGGGCCUUCGAAUGGCGCCCUUCCUAUCUUUGCUAUUGCCAACUAUACGGAGUCUGCGUCGGGUAAGAUCUUGACGCAGGGACAAGAAGCUGGCCGUGACCAAGGCCAUUCUACGCUAGAUAUGGUGUUGCUUGGUAUCGUUGCUCAGCAGGCAUACAACCAGGAAGAUGACCUGUUCGCAGAAUAUAGUAAUGAGAUUCUCAAUGCGGCUGAAUAUGUUGGCAAAUAUAACGUCGGUUACGACGUGCCCUACACCCUGUACGAUAGCUACCAGGGUAACCAGACCGUCGUUUCCAACAACUCGCGCGGCGUUGUCCGUCCUGGAUUCGAGCUGCUAUCUGCGCACUAUGGCCAGGUGAAGGGUCUCAACUCGUCCUGGACUGAUUCAUAUCGCGACUGGGCCAAUGCGAACUCUACGAGCGGCGUUGAAGGCGGUGGUGGGAAUUACGGCUCAAAUUCGGGCGGCUUUGAUGGGCUUGGAUUUGGUUCUCUACUCUAUCGGAUUUCAUGA